GAAAUAAACAGAGUGGCCAUUUUUGUUGUUGUUGAUUCAUUUAAUGCUACAACUAUAAUAAUUUAAGUUCAAUUAAGUAAAAAGUGUUUAUAUAUAUAUAUUUUUGACUACUGCGUGCAUAUCAAUAGUUUACCAUUUAAUUAGUUAAGAAACAAAUUUAAUACGCGAAACGACCUCACUGCAUGCAUGCAUGCUCCUUCCCCUCACCCGUCCGCAACCGCAGUUAUUCUCCACUCCCCCCCACAAAGUCUCAGCAGAGGCGCAUAUUAUCGAUUUCACCUAAAAAAAAAAAACCCCAAGACGAAUCCCUUACCCAAAUCAAUUACAACGCAACGCAACAGAAACGGCUAUAAACUGCAUCGCCUAUGAUAAUGGAAGUAUCGUCCGAUCCCUAUGAACAGAAAUUAUAUCAAAUGUUCCAAAGCUGCGAAACGCAGCAAUGUGGUCUGCUUGAUGAAAACUCUCUGCUAAAACUUUGUUCAUUGCUGGAGCUACGUGACCAUGGAGCAGCAUUGAUAGCCAGCUUAGCGGCAGAUGGUAGUCAAAAACUUGGCGUAUCCUUUGCCCAAUUCAAAGAGGCGCUACUCAGUUUCUUGGGCACCGAAUUCGAAGGCAACUCCACGACGCAUGGACUGAGAGAACGUUCUUUGGUCAUCAGCAAUGAGCCGAUGACUAGUACAUAUAUUGAAAGUCCUCCGGAGUUAUCAGAUCGUGAAGUUUCACCCAAACUCAUAGUGGGUUCAAAGAAAUAUGGACGAAGAUCACGACCACAUCAGGGUAAACAACAAAGCGGCGGACCAGUUGAGUCGCUAACAGAUUCGGAUAACACAGAUGAGGAUCGGGACAAGCAAAUGCAGCGAAGUCUCAAUGGAUGCGAUGACUUAAAUGUUCAAGUCCAUCGUUCGUCAUCUCAAACCGAUCUUCCUGGUAGCCGGCGUUUACGUUCCGUCCAUUCAAAUGGCAGUAAACUGAAACGUUGCGCUUCACUGCCCGCACGCAGUAAGAAUCUUCAAUCUAAAUUGCAUUCUAAUACAUCGCCAGCCUCACCGAUAGCAACAAAAGCAGCCAGCAAUAAGAUCAAACAAUUGGAAACAAGUAGCAGUGUUGAGUCCUUGGACAUUGUGACGCCUCAACAGCUCGAGUUGAUCAGUGCGGACAGCAUUAUUGAUCUAUGGGAGCAGGCCAGCAUAUUGAAUAGCCGUGGACUUUUGCAUAUACUUGGCUUCGACGAUGACCAAGUCAAUCUUGCCCAAUUGACCAAAGUGAUUGAGGAGGAUUUACGCGGUUUGGAGGGUGAAUCUCAUACCAAUAUGCUAAGAGGUCUGGCAACUCUUCAAUCGUCCGAAUUGGCCAACUAUCGUGUGGCCUAUCGUCAGCAACAUGAGGAGAAUCUAAAAUUGCGGGCCGACAAUAAGGCGGCCAAUCAGCGUGUAGCUCUUAUGGCCUUGGAGGUGGAUGAACGUCAUGCCACCAUGGAGGAGAAGUCACAGCAACAGUUGCAGCAAUUGGAACAACGUCAUGCCAGUAUGGUGCGAGAACUAACGCAACGGAUGAGCAAUGAUCGAGACCAUUGGUCCACAAUGACUAGUCGUCUGGAGAAACAGCUGAGAAAUCUUGAGCAAGAGGAGAUUAAAUUGAAAACCGAAUUGGAACUUGUACGCACAGAGAAUACCGAAUUGGAGUCAGAGCAUCAGAAGUCUCAGCUACAGAUAACUGAAUUGCUUGAGCAAAAUAUUAAACUCAAUCAAGAGCUGGCCAGUUGUGAUGUCCUCCCGUCGGAGAGGAACACCAAAUCCUCUCGCUGCGACAGUAGUACGGAUAAAAUUCAUGAUGUUGAGGACGAAAUGCUGCAAUUGAUGGACAAAUUGGCUGCCCUGCAAAUGGAGAAUUCUCAAUUGCGCGAUAAGACUGAUGAGCUAACUAUGGAAAUCGAAGGCCUGCACAUGGAACUGAAGCGCAAAAAGAAACAGGCUGACGAUCUUGAAGGUGCUUCUGGUGCGGCGGCGGCGGCAGCGGCAGCAGCUACCAAGCGGCGUGGUGAUUCCCCCAGUAAAACGCAUCACUUAACCGAGGAGAGUCCGCGUUUGGGCAAGCAACGUAAGUGCACCGACGAUGGUAAGGGAACAGCUGAUCUCAGCGACAGCAGUGGCGAUUGGUUGGCCCUUAAUUCUGAGCUGACCCAACACAAAGACCAGGAAGAAGAGUUGUCUAGCCUAAAACAACAAAUCGAACUUUUAGAGCAAAAACUUAAAGCGGCCACAGGUGGAAAAUCUAGCACACCGGAGACACGUUGCACGGAUUUGGAGGCCAGUUUGGAGCAAAUGCAACGUGCCUAUGAGGAAUGCGAGGAUUAUUGGCAAUCAAAGCUGAGCGAUGAACGGCAAAUGUUUGAGAAGGAGCGUCAGAUCUAUGAGGAUGAGCAACAGGAGAAUGAUAAAAAGUUCACCGAACUGAUGGAAAAGGUACGCGAAUAUGAGGAACAAUUCAGCAAGGAUGGUCGUCUCUCGCCCAUAGAUGAGCGUGAUAUGCUGGAACAACAAUAUAUCGAAUUGGAGGCGGAGGCGAACCAAUUACGUUCUAGUUCUAUGCUUAUAUUGAAAGAGAAAUCGCAGGAGAUUAGUUUGCUGCAAUCGGAAAUUGAAGAUUUGCGUUUACGUCUUGGCGAAAGCGUAGAAAUUCUGACCGGAGCCAGUGAGCUGAAUCAACAGCUUAGUUCCGCGGAAACGGGCAAGAGUCCGGCCAGUUCACCCAUUAGCUAUCUCUGGCUACAGAGCACAAUUCAGGAGCCCCUGAAGGCAUUCAGUGGCGAUGAGGCCACAGCCGUUGCCCUCUUGGGUGAAUCACCGACGCACAAAGCGGCAAGCCGCAAUAAACUUACAACCUCGGAGACAUCCAUCUUUAGUACCACACCAUUUGAUAGCACACCCUCAGGUCCGUCGCCAACAACAACAACAACAAGUAGUGCAACAACAAAUGGGUCUUCAUCCUUGCCCGAAAACAAACAGGCAACAACAAUGGGUGCUCCUGCCCCCAUUAGCAAACCGAAACGUACACAGAGCCCACAACAACAAUCGGAGGGUGAGAUUGCCGAUUGUGAGACCUCAUCGACGGCAUCCAAUAAGAGUUUCGACACACACAGUGUCCUCUCGAAUGGUAAAAUCUCUUGCCUUAGUCGUGAUGAUAAAUGCAGCAGCCCAAGCAUACUGAAGGAGGAACUGAAACGCCUUAAAUUCUUUGAAUUGUCACUAAAGGAACACAUCAAAGAUUUGAGCCUGCAACGUGACGGUUUGGUCAUGGAACUGCAACAGUUGCAGGAGGCGCGUCCAGUACUUGAAAAGGCCUAUGCGAGAACCACACAUCCAACGCUUCAGCAGCGACUGAAUCAACUGGAACUUCGCAAUCGUCAUUUGCAGAAUGUGGUUAAACAGCAGCAACAGUAUACCGAGUCCCUGAUGCAGCAAUCCUGGCGUCAGCAUCAAGUGGAGCUCAACGAUUUACAUGGCCGCAUCGAGGCACAGGGUGUUAUGCUUGCCGAUCAAACGCAACGUUUACAGAAUGCCGAUAUACUUGUCAAGGAUCUGUAUGUGGAAAAUUCUCAUUUAACUGCCACUGUACAACGACUGGAGCAGCAGCGGGCCCGGGUUAAUCUAAUACACCAACAACAGCAGCAGCAACAACAACAGCAGCGUCUUAUUGGUGGACUGCCAGGCAUGCCUUAAAAAUAUAUUAAUUAAUAAUUGACAACAAACAAAACAUAAACAAAGACAACAUCGAAACAUGCACCAACUCAACGUACUCGUUGUGAAUGUUAUCUUUUAUAUAUAUACAAAACAUACAUAGAUUUAAUUGUCGUGAAUGAGAUAAUAUCGUUUUCUAUUUGUUUAUUGUCGCUGUGAAAACAUCAAUUCAAAUCAAAUCAAUGUUGUAAGCGCACCCCACGUGCCCAGCAAAUGGAACACACACACAAUCCACACUUUAUGUACCACAAAAUAUUGUAAACACACAAUAAUCGAC